AUGUCUGAAGAAACAGGAUCAGAAGAUCGUGAGAGAAGUAGGGUUUUCUCUAAGAGGAGAUAUAUAAAAUCCCCAAACUUUAAGGAGAGAGAUCAGAAGGUGAAUGACAUUAGGGAGUUAAUCAAGAAGGCAGAUGCUGAGUUGAGCAAGAUCAACGAAGAGAUCAAGGUUACCAUUACACCAAAGCCAAUCAAGGAUAAGAGAAAGGAACUCAGCAGUGGAUUGGAGGAAGUGAUAAAGAAGCAAGGUGAGCUCAAGAGAAAGAGGGGAGACAUCAGCAGCCAGAUUAAGGCUAUUGAGAUGUCAAUGAAGCAGAAGAUCAACAAAAUCCAAGGCAAGACUUCCAAGCACAAGUUUAAGAGUGUCGGAGAACUCGACAAGAGAAUCAAGCACUUGGAAGAAUUAAUUGAUACUGGUACUUUGAAGAUUGUUGAGGAGAGAAGAUUUGUGAAGGAAAUCUCGUCUUUGAGAAGAAUGAGGAAGGACUAUGCGUCAAUAGACGCAGAACAAAAACUGAUCGACGAGGAUAAGGCUAAGAUCAAGGAAUUGAGAAAGAGCUUUGGAGAGGCAAAUGCUAGAGAAGAAGAAACCAAAUUUGAAGAUUUGAUGAAGAAGAUGGAUGAGCUGUCGCUCAAGACUAAGGACAUUAAAGAGAAGAGAGACAAGUUGUUUUCUAGAAGAAGAGAGUUGCACAACGAGAAGGAUCACUUGUACGACUCAAUCAGAGCCAUUAGAAAGGACUUUGACGAUCAAUUCAAUAAGUUCAAGCAGGACCUGGAGAGGGAAAAGAAGAGACGUGAAGAAGAGGAGAAGGAGUACAACUUGACUGAGAAGAAAGAAGACUUGGAAAAGCAGAUCACUGAGAUCGAAGACAGUUCCAACAAACCAGCAAAUGCCGCCGAAAUGGAGACAGUCACCAAUCUUUUGGCCCACUUUGACCCAUCAUUUGUUAAACCAGAGAAAUCCUUGCAGGAUCAGAAUGCUUUGGACAAAUUGAACAAGCAUCAUGCUCACACCAAGGUUGAAAUUUCUGCUGAAGAGGCUGCUCUUUUCAAAAAGGAGCCAAAGAAUCCAAACGAGACCUUGUCGAAGUCCAAGAAGGGUAAGAAGCAUAAGAAGAGAGCAUCAAAGACCAGGGUUAUUCUUGAGCCAACCAUCAUUGUGGACCUGGCAUCAUUGGGAAUUCCACUUCCUAUCACGAAGGAUGAUACUGAGAAGACUGUUGAUGCUCUUCGUACUAAAUUGGAUGAGCUCAAGAAUACUCAGGAUGAAAAGACAAAGGAGAACAUCGAGGCUGGUGAAAAGCAGAUUGCCGAGUUGAGAAAGCAGAUUGCCGAUAUCGAUGCGGAAAUUGCUAAGAUUAAGGAGGAGAAGAAGAGCAAGAAGGUUGCAGAGGAGGAAGAAAAGGAGGAAAAGGAAGAGGAAAAGGAAGAGGAAGAAGAAAAGGAAGAGGAAGAAGAAAAAGAGGGAAAGAAAGAGGAUGAAAAAGCGGAUAAGAAGGAAGAAAAGAAAGACGAGGAGAACUGA